ACUCAUUCAACGUUCAGUUUUAAUACACUUAACAACAACAAAAAAAAAACUUAUAUUUAUUCACAAUGGCAUUCAAAACUAUCGCCGUCUUUGCCUGCGUGCUGGUUUCCGCACUUGCCGGCCCAGUAGCCCCAGCCUACCCGGCACCGUCUGCCUACCCAGCACCAUCAGCUUACCCAGCACCAUCAUCUUACCCAGCACCAUCGGCUUAUCCAGCACCAUCAUCUUACCCAGCACCAUCAGCUUACCCAGCACCUGCCUACAAGCCUGCCUCAUACUCAGCACCCAAGGCAUACGCCCCAGAAGCUGCAUACGCCCCAGCCCCAUACAACUUCGACUACAGCGUGCACGAUGACUCCACCUACGAUAUCAAGAGCCAAUCCGAAUACAGCGACGGAAACGGUUACGUCAAAGGAUCCUACAGCCUGGUCGAAGCUGAUGGCACCAAGAGAAUUGUCGAAUACACCGCUGAUGACGUCAACGGUUUCAACGCUGAAGUGAAGAAAGAAGGAACCCCAUCUUACAGCUCUGCCCCAGCCUACAAACCAGCCUACAAGGCUCCAGCUUACCCGGCUGCCCCAGCUUACCCAUCAGCCCCAGCUUACCCAGCUGCCCCGGCUUACCCAGCUGCCCCAGCAUACUCUGCCGCACCAGCUUACCCAGCUGCCCCAGCUUACCCAGCUGCACCAGCAUACAAGCCAGCUUACUCCGCCCCGGCUUACUCUGCCCCAGCCUACAAGCCAGCUUACUCCGCACCGGCUUACUCUGCACCAGCAUACUCUGCACCAGCCUACCCAGCUGCCCCAGCCUACCCAGCUGCCCCAGCCUACCCAACUGAGUCCUACCCAGCUGCUCCAGCAUACGGAUACUCCACACCUGCUCCAGCUUACGGAUACUCCACCCCAGCUCCAGCCUACGGAUACUCUACCCCUGCCCCAGCUUACAAGCCAUCGUACGCCGCCCCAGCAUACAAACCUUCCCCGUACAAACAGUACUAAUUCCUCUUUAACUCUAAGAAACGAUUAUUAUAAUUUAUUGUAUUUUUAUGUAAAUAAAAUUUCAAUUUGUCUAUAA